AUGUGGCUUGCAUCACGACUGCAUAGAGGCUGACGGUAAGGCAAUUGUUAAGGCUCAAACUCAACCAGCAAAACUGCAUGCUUUCCCAAUUUGCAACAGCGCCUUCGAGUUCAAGUCCGAGGCCUGGGCACCCAGGGGGUGAAAAGGGGCGAGCCAGAAGUAGGGUUAUGGUUGUCGCCAAGACAACGGUUACCACGUUUGAUGAUCACGAGUGGUCUUCUUCCGAGGAUGAGGUGAGGGGUUGCACUGGACCACUUGUCCCGGUUUGGCAUUACGACUUGAACAUAUUAAGCAAUAUGUCUUCUGGGGUCUCGCACAUCCAUAACCCAAAUGUGACUGUAAACGGUUUUUACGACCUGGAGUACGAAUGGAGGGAAAAGGUCGUGAACACGUGGAGUGUUUGGUAUAGAUCGAGGGCUCGAAUAUUCACAGGACCAAAGACUGGGAGACAGAUGAGAGGAUCGCAGCCUCGAAACCGGAGUUCAGCAAGAGGUACAAAACACCAAGGGCCUCGUCAACGGCUAGCGAUGCAAGCAAGCACGAAAUGGUGACCAGGUUGAGCGACCAGCUGCUUUGCUUUGCAGGGAAAGGUUCGGUUUCUCUUGAAGCGAGGUCACGAAGGAGAACACUCGGAAAAGACAGCCGAAAAUACAUUGCGAGGACAUCUGCGCGCUCUCGUGCUCAUGCUCGGGUGGCAGUCAGGCCGUCUUGGAAGAUUCCAGAGUCAACAUCAGUCUCUCCAACACCUCUCAGGUGUUCAAUCUAAAGAGCACGGAUGAUGUCAACACGCUAAAGACCACCAGAGUUGGCGUCUCCUGACAAAUCGACUGGAUCAACGCCUUCUGAGUUUCACGUGAAGGUCUCGACGGCAAUAUAUUUGAGCAAUGUUGGGCCGAGACAAACAUUCUAGAUUUCGUGAUGCCUGCUAUUCACGACUGCCGCUGGCAUGUCAGAAAGCAAAACACUUGGCAGACAGCGGCCCAACAUUACGAUGAGCGGGCUGAAACCAGGCUGGCAGAGAUUGUUGACCGUACACUGACCACAGCGAUCUCGGCAUCCCUCUUACGAUCAACAUCAGAGUCUGGAGAUCAUUUGGUUCAGUUUACACUAGACAAAUGUCUGUGUGCUACACAAUAAACGGACAACAGAAAAAGCCACCGGGACCCAUUCAACCGCCCAACUCGCUGGACCCGGUAUCCCACAUCCAGCAUAGCAUCACAUCACACCAAUGCUUCCCACCUUUUUCACCUUCCCAUCUACCCAGGUUGAUCCCUCCUCUUCUUUUCGGGCCGCCCGAUGGGAUGCCACGUUUUGUUGUAGCGUUUCGCUGGACGGUAGAAUUUAUCCUUCCAACCACAAACCUCUGUAGUCCUCGCUACUCAUGUGUGCCCGUUGCCGCAGUGGCAACGUGGGCAUCACAGCCGCCGAAGUCAAGGUCUGUGUGUGGCAUACCACAUGGCUUUCAUCUAUUUACCCCAGCUCCUGUCAUGUUUCGGCCUCUUGGCCUUCCCACUCUUUUGCAUCGAGACCUGUCUCUCUUUGCCCAAUGUGGCAACUCCUAGAACUUGCCUGCCCAGUCAUUGUAUAGACGCUCCUUGUAUAUGAACUGGCUGUCCUAUCACAAAUCUGCCGCAUACUCAGCCUGAUCAGGGGAGACCACCCUGGAUGACGUCGGUUCCGCACCCUCCAAUUGGUCAGAUGCCAAAACCACCACUAAAAGGGGUACUUUGUUUAUUGACCCCACACGCAACGCGAUCAAGGGAGGAUUGCCGCCGAAAAGGUUUCUAUCACCCGCCAAAUCUAUUUGGAUAUUGUCGCCUUCAAUAUUGACCCCGUACUGGCGGCCAGAUGGCUGCCAUGUGCUCGGCAUUUCACCCAGUCCGUCUGGUACGACGGCAGUUGCUUCCGAAUGGAACAAUCUUGGAAGAAAUGGAGAAUACCACGUUUUGGAGGCUCCAAAGAAAGCCCAGAAAAAGAGAUAUAAACGUGAUCCCCCGAACGACCAUCAUCAUCGUCCCUGGUUGAAGUUCUGGUUCAGCAAUUGUUCCACAGUCACCACCUCUUUCCCAUCGUUCCCAGCGAAGGCUGCUGUUGUCAGACACAGAUCAAGACCAAGGAGAAAAGCAAAGAUGCUUUGGACGUCGCUCUUCCUUGCGGCUCUGGCCGAGGCGGCCCCCAAGGCCAGCCCCAACCCUCAGUUCGGUGGACCUGGCGGUUUGACCAUGCUUCGAUUCGGCUGCACCCAGCUCGUCAUCGACCGCAUCGACCCCCUUGUCAACCCCGGCCAGAUCCCCUCGCCUCACAUCCACCAAAUUAUUGGUGGUAACGCCUUCAACGCCACCAUGCCCACCGACGAUGUCGCCCAGCACUCCACCUGCACAACGUGCUCCUUCGCGGACGAUUUCUCCAACUACUGGACCGCCAACCUCUACUUCAAGGCCCGCAACGGGUCCUACAAGCGUGUCCCCCAGUUCUCUGCCCCAUUGCAGUUCAACGACAGGUUCUCAACCCAGAUCAACGGCGGUAUUUUGAUCUACUACGUUUCGGCCCAGCCCGGCCGCAUCACGGCCUUCAAGCCCGGCUUCCGCAUGCUCGUCGGUGACCCCAACGUCCGCUCCCGCCCCGACCAGAAGCUCCGUCGUCAAAACUGCUUCAGAUGCUACUCCGGCCCCAACCACCAGGGUGAUGUUGGUGCUCCUUGCAUGGAUAACAACUAUGACACCGAAGCCUUCCCCACCAAGCCCUGCCCCGGUGGCAUCCGCUCCAACAUCCACUUCCCCACCUGCUGGGAUGGCAAGAACCUUGACACCCCCAACCACCAAGACCACGUAGCCUACCCCACCUCCGGCCCAGCCGACUUCCUCUCCCUCGGCGGCAACUGCCCUGCCUCCCACCCCGUCCGCAUCCCUCAGCUCAUGUACGAGGUCUUCUGGGACACCUCCAAGUUCGCCAACCGCGCCGACUGGCCCGCCGACGGCUCCCAGCCCUUCGUCCUCUCCACCGGCGACCCUACCGGUCUCGGCCAGCACGCCGAUUACGUCUUUGGCUGGAAGGACGACAGCUUGCAGAGGGCAAUGGACACCUCUGGCUGCUUCGGCGCCAGCUGCGCCAACUUGAGGACGCAGAGCUUGGACAACGCUAGACGGUGCGCCGUCAAGCCGAACGCGAAGGAGGAUUAUGACAGCUGGCUUCCCGCUCUCCCUGGUGUUGGUGCCUGAGUGGCUGACUGUCUUCUUUGUUGGGGCUUCAAGAAGAAAAGAGGGAAAGAAAAUGGGCUGUUGUCGCUCGCUUUCGUUUAGGUUCAUAAGAAUGCGCAGCUUAAUCUUUCUUGCCAAUAUCUUCGAGUUGCGCCUAGCUUAUUUGUUGCAUCAUAUUUCUCGGCCUUGAAUCAUACCAUUGUUAGAAUAACACUGCAAGCUUGCUUGCCUGUGAUGACGAAGAGUAUUG